AUGAACGAUUUCUUGCAAGCCGCCUCGUCGAGUGAAGAAGAAGCACAUUCCACCGAAGAGGAAAAAGAAAAGGCACUCCUGAAAAAACAAGUGGUUGGAUCACUGGCGAAUGAUGAAGCAAAAGAGAAUGAAGUGGAAGAAACCACGGAGAAAACGCACGGGGACGAUGCGUCAAUAGAAAAUGAAGAAGAACAUCACGUGAAGAAACCGAACGAGAACGAUGAAGCAAGACCAAAUGAGGAAGAACAAUCCGUCAUUCAAGAACACUACGAGAAUGAGCUGGCAGAAAGAGGCGCAGAAGCACUAUUUGUUGAUGAGCAACCGAUUUUCGCAAAAGAUGAUGUUGUGGACCUCGAGAUCGAGACCACGCAAGAAGAACAUGGGCUAGAAACAGACAAUAAGGGCUAUUUCGCGAAGAAUUUUGGUGAAUGCAAGAGAUCGAGGCCUGUGAGGAAUAACGCUCAACCUCAACAAGCUGAUGUUCAAGAGCCUGCGAAAGCAGUGGAUUCGGGAACAGCUUCUACGUCUCAACAAACAAAGCCAAAGGAGAAAAAGGAAACCGAGGAGAUUCAGUACGCGCCGGAAGAUUUUCCUUUUGGUGAAAUGAUGGGUAAACGCUUUCCUCUGAAACGUACCGAUACAGACCAAAGGGACAUGAAAAUGACGUGUUACAUUGAGAAGACUGGGCGAUUGGGAGCGAUAACGAUUAGCGUGAAAACGGGUCUUCCAGAAUACAAGGAGCAUCCGGCUUGCUUGGCGAUGUUGGACAAUAAAACAGAUGAGGCUCGUGUCCGGGAGGUUGUUGCUGAAUGUCGUGAUGCGUUUAUCAAAUUCACACAAGACCUAGUGGAAUCUGGAAGGGACCAUGCUUUCCGAACACUUGCUGUGCCUUCAACGCGAGAAUUCCUGGCGAAACACGAUAUCCAAUUUCUCGAGAAGCCUCCUUUGCAUCCUCAAAACAAACAUGCUUGUUACGUAUGCCAAGUUUGUAAGCAUCAUUUUUCCACAACGACAAGUUGCCGAGAACAUUUACUUGGCGGAGAGCAUGAAAACAGUGUGCGGCGUCAUCGGGUUCGUAAACAGUUGUUGGAAAAUUUGCCUGAACUUACGCAGGCACACUACGACAAGAUGCACGAAGAAAUUGAAAGGAUGCUGGCCAAACGAGAUGAUGGUGCAGAUGGUUCGACUUUGGCUCAUCAGGCGCGAAGAAUUGUUUCUUUUGUUGACGACUCAAUUCGCUAUGUAGCUGACGAGAGGGAAACUAUUGGUGGGAUGGAGGCAACCACACUACAAACUUUUCGAGAUCACUCAAAGUGGAGUCUCGAUCUUUACGGCUCCUCAUUGGUUGGAUUGGACGAGUGGUCGCCUGAAGAUCAGGAUAAGGACAAUUCGGACAUAAAUCUUCAUCUUUCGGUACCUACGAUCACCAUGCGACAUUUCACAUGGAUAGAUUUCUUCAAAGAAGUAAACACAGCGAUGGAGGAACGAGCAACAAAAUGUACUCUGCCUGUUCCCAAGAAUGCCCAAUACACCAAGCACAAAACAUUCGAGUUUGAAAUGGAUCAGUUCAAAGUGAUCAUGCAUAUCAAUUGUCCUGAAAGAAUGCUUUUGAGCCGUGCCGUUGCAUUUUGGUCAACUUUCCGAGCUGGUGUCAUCAAAUUCCUUCGAUGGAUUCGAAAAUGGGCCUUGAUUUGCGACUUGAUUGAGAACAUCGAGAAGAAACAGCCCGGACUCCCAAUUUAUAUUGUCGAUUUGAUGAGUCUGCACUUUCUACUGCAAAAAGGACUACUGCCAAACAUCUUUAAGGAUCAUGGGUUUACAGCAAGUGAAACGCUUAUUCGACCCCUACCGGAAUUCAAGAAUUCAGACGAAGUCAAGGCGGUGGCGGGCAAAGAUGGUUCGCUGGAUUGGAACUUAGGACAACUUUUUCACGAUUUUCUCGAGUACUACGUGCAAGAACGUAAUGCCCUCUACAUUUAUGUCACCGACAACAAGCAUGUCGAUUCAAUCAUUUUAUCCAAUCGGAGGGUCACUAUUGUUGAGCCUCAUGGAAACAUUGUAUCAGUGUCUGGACAAGUCUUCUGCCAUAUCUUUAAUGUUGCCUUGCAUACAUUCUGUUACAUCAAAGUGGCAAAUUUUGGUACCACAUCUUCUCUUGUGCAGCUGCUAAUGAGGGCACCAAUUGAGAAAUCAAGAGACAAUGACCAGAAAACGAAAAAGAAAAACGCUGGCGAUGCUUGGAGUGAAAAAUGGGGUGAUAAGGUGAAAAAUGGGGAUGACGAGCCGAGUGAAGAACAAGCAGCUGGGAUAGUCUGGAAGUACAACUUACGUGAACUCAAAGAGGAAGGCAGGCUUGAGAAGGACGAUAUGGCCGACCGAGUCUACUCACGGAGAACUCUCUAUCUUUUGCUGGAAUCAGAAGCAGUUGAGGAAUUUUCUCGUCAGUAUCGAAACGAGUUGUUUAACAAACACUUCGAGAAACUCAUCACCACCAACGAUUGGGCGAAGUACAUCCGAAAAAUUAAAUUCGUUGAGCCGGGGUAUGAAAUGCAAAACGAGCCAGAGAAUGUCAUCGAGGCUGAUGAAGAGGAAGCCGUUGAGGGAACUGGUUGGGGAUGUUACAAUAUUGAUGAACAAAUUGAUUAUCAUGGCACGACUUUAGCGACUGAAGAUCGCGACAUCAAACUAUUUCCUACUUUAGCAGCCGGUGAUGCGAGCAAUCUUGAAGCACUUGGAAUGAGCCGCAUUUCUGACAUCAAUAUGGACGCUACCGCUAAGACGAAUUUUGUGCCAAAGAAAGUCAGCGUUGAGGAUUUCGCAAUUUUGUUCAAGGACCCAGAAUCGUUGGGUACAAUUGAAAGAAACGAGGAGUAUGACUUUGAGGUACGCGACAACCUCACAGGAGGCUAUACUGUGGAGCGUAAAUGCACUGCAUGUAAUUCUUCUGAUCACAUCAAUCUCAAUUGCCCUGAGCUUGAGCGACCGAUCUACGUUGAACUACCACCACCAAGUGACAGCGUUGGCGAAAAAGUUUCUGUAAUCAUCAAUAAAAUGUUUGAUCGUGACGCUGUCAGCGAACGAGAAGCAAAGAAAGUCGAAAGCAAAGUGAAAGAGUUGGAGACGAACAUGAACGGAUCGAACAUCGCAAAACUUGGCUUUGGAACGGUGAAACUUGCGUUGUUUGGAUCAUACUGUAAUCGAAUUGGUAUGAAGACAUCGGACGUCGAUAUUUGCUUGAUUUUUGCCGACCAUUCAAAAGCCAAACCAAAGGUUGACACACAGACAGUGAUGCGGAAAAUCAACGGCUCUUUGAAUUAUUGUCAUUUCACUGAUAAUGUGCAACCAGUUUAUCGAGCAAAGGUUCCUAUUGUCCAAUUCAAGCUGCACCUUGAUGCUCACUUUAACAAGUACAAGGCCACAAAUACACCAAUCGUUGAGACAAAAGGAAAGAUCUUGGAUGCCGAUGUAUCCUAUUAUAACACAUUGGCCAUGCACAACUCGCGACUUUUGGCAACGUAUUGUGAGCUCUGGCCUGAAUUGAGAAAUCUUGGCGUGUUCGUGAAAGCUUGGGCAAAGGAUAAUUUCAUUGGUGAUGCCGCAUGCGGCUCAAUUUCUUCCUAUGGCCAUAUGUUGAUGCUCAUCCACUUUCUGCAACAACAAGAAAUUCUACCGGUUUUGACGGAGGCUCCAUGGCUACCAAAGGAUUAUCCACGUCAAGAAUGCGAGGGAUGCGAUAUCACAUUUCUUGAGCCAGCUGACUUACAUAAAGCGAAACAACGGAUGAAUUGGGCUCCGACGAGCCAGCGUUUGGGAAUGAUCUUUUUGAAAUAUCUCGAUUUCUACUCCAAUUACGACUUCAACAAUCAAGUUAUUCAAAUUCGAACACGGCGGAUGGUCUACAUUGACGAAAAGCGAGAAGAUUCUGUUAUCAGAGCGAUGACUCAAUGGUCACUGGAGCGGCACAUGUACAUUGAAGAUCCAUUUGAAAGGACCCACAACCUGCCUUCUGGAGUCAAAGAGCGAAUGAUGGUCUACGUCAUGCGAUGCUUUGCGCAUUCGAAAGAAGUGUUGUGGACGACAAAGAAUCUUGAACAAAUCGUCAGAUCAAAGUCUCCAAAAAUCAAAGGACCAAAUCCAUUGAAGAAACAGUUCGCUCAAGCUCGCGGAAAUGUUCCACAAGAACCGGAGGAGUUGGAAGCACCCGAGAAACUUUUGGCUCAUUGUCGCAAUUUAAGAGGUCCACCAGAAAGCCGUGAGCGAUGUAAACAGUGCUUCCAGCCAGGACAUUACGCUGGAAAUUGCCCAAAGAAAGAUGAUGGUUUCGUGCCUCGGCAAGCAAAAGGGUUUGCGAAGCGACGCACUGGAAAUUACGGCAACAGCAAUGGAGCAAAAUCGGAAGCGAAUGCGAACGAGACGAAUGUCAACGUGAACCAAAACGAUUUCAAUCGAGGCAAUGAAUCACAUAAUCGUUCCCAGCCGAAGCAACAAGAGGGUGACGCCCGAAUGCUGCCUCCUACAAGUGCCAGUUCGAAUCCAAGAAACAGCCAACCGAAGCAACAAUCGCAUCAGCAAAUUCAGAAGCCGUCUCACAAUCGUCCGGGUCUUCCCGCUUUGUCACUAGAAGCGUCGUUUAAAGGUCCAUCACAAAAAAAGUUGAUUUCUCCGCCGCAAAAAGGUGAUCGAGGCGUACUUUCCGUUUCAAAACAAGUGCUUCUAUUGAAGUCCGAACAGGGCCCCUCGUUAAACGACCGUCCACAAAAUUUGCAACAAUUUGGUAAUGCGACGCCAAACUAUAAUGAGCAAGGACACUAUCGACAGCGACACGAGUUUAACUACACAACGAUUCCUCUUCCUACGGAUGACGCUCAAUCGAGCACUGGAACGCCUACGAAAAAUAAGAAAAAAAAGAGAAACAAGAACAAAUAUCGACCCACUCCACCAAAC